AUGCACCGGCGAAUCGAGAAGAACAGACAAGCCCACACCUCACAUAGCGGGAUCCUGUUUGACCCCUCAGUAACAUCAAGGGACUCCCUUGCUGACUGUUUCCGGGUGUUCUUGGAUCUCAGGAAGGUAUCCUACUACCCAGCCUACCGCCUCGAACGACCAGCAGCUGGCGUCCAUCUAGAACAUGAACACCUGACGGUCCAUACCAAUGGCCACUGCAUCCACAGGGGCAAAGCAAAUGCAAAAACAGGCAGCGGUGUAUUCAUCAGCCCCGAAAGCCCCUACAACCGCUCCAUACGCCUCGGAGGACCAGCCCAGUCCACCCAGGCAGGGGAGAUAGCAGCCAUUGUAGCCGCACUCCAGGUGAUACCACCCUUCACACCUGUCACGUUUGCCACAGACUCACUCCACGUGAUAAAUGGGCUCACCAAGAACCUAAACCACUGGGAAGACAGUGGCUGGGUUGGGGUCUCAAACCGUAGCCUGUUCCAGGCGGCAGCCUACCAACUUCGACUUCGGUCUGCUGCCACGUCCUUCUCUUGGGUGGGGGGUCACAACCGAACACCCAGCGGGGCAGCCGCACAUGACCUAGCAAAACAAGGAGCAACAAAAACCGAACCUGAUGAGCUCGACCUCAACGUACCCCCGGCUUUCAACCCCAAAGGCAUGAAACUGUCAUGCCUCACCCAGACCCUGGCCUACCGAGCCAUCCGCGAGAGAAGAACCCAGGACACAGAGCCACGUACCAAGACAGCCCAGAAUAUCUCCCGAGCCCUGGACGCUCUACAAGCUGCACUAGGCACUGACGAGACGGAAGCACAACUGUGGCUUGCCUGCCGCAGCAAGAGCAUACAACCGUUAGUACGACAGUUCACCUACAAGAUAUACCACGGCGCGUACCGUAUUGGGGACCACUGGGAGCAAAUCCCUGGCUACUCAGACCACGCACCCUGCACAGUAUGCCGGGAUGUCCCCGACAACAUGGACCAUAUCCUGACAGAGUGCAACACACCUGCCCGUAAGAUAGUCUGGCUCUUAGCCCAAGACUUAUGGCCGGCCAAGAAUGGCCCAUGGCCGUCCCUCGACUAUGGAGCCAUCAUCGCCCCAGGUACCCUCAAAGUUUACAAGCAACUUGAAAGGCUGCGCCAGGAACGGGGGCCCAACCCAGCCCCGUGCGAAGCACGACAACUCCUCCCUGGGGCCUCCCGCCUCCUCCAAAUAUUAGUAUCGGAAUCAAAGCACCUGAUAUGGACCCUAAGGUGUGAAAGGGUUAUAAGGGGGCACACACACUCCCCGUCCAACAUUGUCCGCCGCUGGACGACGGCCCUAAACCGACAGCUUAGCAUAGACCGAAUCAUUGCAACCAAGCUGCAUAGAUCCUCAAAGGCUAUACGACUCAUACUACGCACAUGGGGAGGGACGAUAGCUGACGAAGACUCCCUCCCGCCCGACCGGGUCGGGCACAACGGGUUUUUAGUGGGUAUUAGAACGCCACGCCUCCUAUCCAACGGAGAAUCCAGGCGUACUCUCGAGUCCCACACUCCCCAGCGCAAGCUGGGGGUGCAUAAAGGCAUUUUAUCCCGGACCGGGUGGUUCUGA